UUGCUUGCGGAGGCGUCCCGUCACGUUCGUUCGAAUACUCGGUAUCGGUUUGUGCUCGUCGAAUGCUCGUCCAUCUUUGAUAGAAUUUUCCCCUCACUUCAACGAUCAAUGGGACUUUGGAUGAUGCUUUCAAAGGUUUAUUCGAAAAUCUUUCACAAAACCCUGUUUGAAACAUUAGUUAAUACGCUCAAUUGGAACAUUAUGUCAGCUUAAAAAGAAGGUUGAUCAGUUCAAAUAUGGGUUUUAUUUCUCUCUUACCAAAAUUACUGAUUGUCACAACGCUAGUGGCAUUAGUCGAAAGCAAAUCACCACUUAUCGACAUUGGAGACAAAGUAUCAGGACAAGAAUUUAAUAUCCCAAAUUUAGGGUCACUCGUUGGAACGGAAACAGUCUCAUUCUGGUCCAGGAGGAAGAUCUACCAAUAUCAAGGAGUCCCGUAUGCUGUUCCUCCUGUUGGAGACCUAAGAUUUAAGCCUCCUCAGCCCGCUCCACCAUUCAAGGAUACAUGGAACGCAAUGUACAUGAGACGAGCCUGCCCCCAAACGGUUGACCUCAAAACAGUCAAGAAAAGAGCAGUAAGUAAUGCGACUGAGCCCAAUGAAGAAAUUUUGGAGGAUUGUCUAUUCCUGAACAUCUACACUCCGAUGGCUCCAUCUGAUUCCUUAAACGAGCAUCCGACAAGACUUCUACCUGUUAUGGUUUAUAUUCAUGGUGGAUCUUUUAAAGUUGGUUCAGCCCACAGCGCUCUCCCUAACUACUUGCUUGAAGAGGAUCUGGUUUUCGUUUCCAUUCAAUAUCGUCUCGGCCCAUUUGGAUUUCUGUCUCUUAUGAACGAUGAUGUACCCGGAAACAUGGGUCUGAUGGACAUGGUACUUGCUCUAAAAUGGAUCCGAAAAUUCAUCCAGUAUUUUGGUGGAGAUCACACCAAAGUGACCUUGAUGGGAAACUCAGCUGGAGGAGCCGCUGUAUCCCUCUUGAUGGCUAGUCCCAUGGUGCCUCCUGGUCUAUUUCAUCGAGCUAUCAUGCAAAGUGGCACAGCCAUUUGCGAUUGGGUCUUGGAUACAAAUCCUGUUGAGCAUGCUAUGGACAUUGCUAGACAUGCAGGCUGUACCACUACAAACAAGGUAGACGCAGCCAGAUGUUUAAGAGGAAAGUCAGUAUCAGAAAUUUUGGAGGCUCAUUCGCAAGCCACAACAAACGCCAUCGCCACAACAGGUGUUGCUGUACGAGGAGAUUAUGGAGGAAACCAUGCUGUCAUUCAGACAGCCGGUGAACCUAAAUUCCUAAUUGAAGACCCAAAAAUUACCUUUGAGAACGGAGGCCACAUGAAAAUACCUGUGUUAGGUGGAACUGUCAAACAUGAGGGAAGCUUUUUGCUUGCAAAUAUCUACACCUACUUGCUUGAAGCCAAUAAUUUGACUCACAAUUCGGAAUACCUAAAGACGAGUUUCACUAGAUCUGUAUUGCGGUUUUUGGGUGUGGAGGAUACUGUGGGAGCAGUGAGUGAUCUCCUAAACCAAAAGUACUUCAGGCAUGAUCAGUUAGGAAAUUUCACUGCCAUGAUCCCAGGGAUGGUUGACAUUUGUGGCGUGUUGCUCAUCAAAUCAUGCGUAUUCAAGCUAUUCCAGAUGACUCGAAUUUACAAUGAAACAUACUUGUACUCAUUUAAUUAUGGUAGCGGAAAAAGAUAUACCAAGUUUGGGCAUGGAUAUCCUUUCCCUGGUGGUGUAUCACAUUCAGAUGAGUUGUUCUAUCUUUUCUGGGACCAUAAUGUUCAGCUGAACAAAGAGGAGGAGGAAAUCGCUCAAUCUCUUGUUGAAAUGUGGACUAACUUUGCAAUAUACGGAGUCCCUGCUCCAGCCCUAAAAGUCCCCAGCUGGCCCAACAUGGAUUCUUUCAAUGGCCCUUAUCUGCAAAUAGGUAGAAGUCCUAAGGUCAAACCUGAGUACUUGAGUGAGUAUGAGGUGGCCGUUAUGGAGGGAAUUGAUAAUUACUUCAACGGAGCGAAUACGAUGAGACUCACAUACAUGGCUCUUUUCCUCGCAGCUUCUGUUUGGAUCAUCCAUCGAUAAACUAUCCUGCAUUGUUCCUAUCUUGUCCUGUGUGAAACAUAUUUCCCAGUCUAAAAACAAGAAUGUUUUCUUGAAAUCUUAUUAACGACCAAUUGGACCAAAAAAUGGGGUGAACCUCAUCCAUUAAUUUUUCAUAAUCUUCAAGAGCAUCUUGCAUCAUUUUUCUUUCAAUUUUUGAAUUUUUGAUUUUUCAAAAGUGAUCUAAUUGGGAAUUUUUCAUGGCAUUUCACUGGAUCACCAAAUAAGUAAGUCUCCAAGUUUUACCACGAAAAGUUUUAAUUUUGAUGAGGUAUGCAACAGAUUUUUUUUUGUUUUUGCAUUUUUCAAAAUAUUUUUAUUAAUCAUCACUCAUCUCUCACUUGUAUGAGAAGAAAAAGUUUUAUGCUCAGACACAGGCUCUUUCUGGAAAUUCGGAAUUAUCUAAUCAUGCUCAAGUGAUCAUGGAGAAAAUCUCUUUGACAUAAUCACAUUUGUUCAAUAAUUUGAAUCAAAACUUUUAAACUUUAGGCGUUAUGCACGCCUCUUGCAACUUAAUCUCAACUCAGAUCCCCCCCCAACCCUGUGGAAUUGCUUGAAAGGGUUAUCAGAUUUUUUUGAUUCUCCAUUACUUCAUAGCCACAAUGCUUCCAUACCAUGACAUAUUUCCAAAACACAGGCUAAUAUUUCAAGAAUCUAUAAGAACUUAAAAAUUUUGGCAAACUGUACUACUAGGUUCUUUCUUCAUGAGGGCACGGAAGUAAUGUGUUGAAACAAUUUCACACAUAUUAUUUUAAACUUUGUCACAAAUAGUUAUAGGGUGAGCAAGUAGUCAUUUGUUUUUAAUGUUUUAUAAUUCAAUUAAAAUCACCUGAAGAUCAAGUGGAAGAAUUCUGUUUUAAAGUUUUGUAAAUAUUUUGUUAGAUAUUGAUUACAAGCGGUGACCCAAAAAACCUGGACUUUUUGCGUAAUUUGGCAACGGUCUAAACUUCCGAGUUCCACUGCCAGGAGGUAUAACUAGAAGUUAUGAUGACUUGUUUGGCUGAAUUGUAAUGUCAUAGCCAGUUUUUUUUCCCCCGUUUUGGCGAAACUGAGUGUGAGCAGUUGUUCAGCAUGUUCAUAAUUUUCUAAGAUGGGUCAUUUUUACUAGCAACGCUUAGCGCUCAAAUUGUUUUCCUAUUCAGUAGAAACUGAAUCUUCAGUAGUUCACUGUCAACCUUAAAUAAAAGUGUUGCUUAAGGAGAAUAUGCUUUAUCAACAACUCAGGUAUAAGCAUAGUUUUCUUGCUUUACAGUGGUGAUGUAUAGCAUUUAACUAGGUUGUCACAAAGUAAUAUUCAAAACGUCUCUGUGAACAAUUUGCACCUAGAGAGUGAUAUUUUGCUUGCUGGCCAUUUUUCGCUCCAGCCAAUAAUGGUUACUUGUAGCCCGGCUUAUGUAUGAGGGAUACUCACUUUUUAUACUCAAAGUAAACAUUCGUACUCUCAAGUUAUCGUUGAAGUUUGUUCCCUAAAAGAUUUACUGAAAGUUUCAAAACAUCCCUGAAAAAUUCUGAACAUUGUGUAAUCUUUUAAGUAUUAUGAAAAAUAUUUUUUGGUUGUAAUGUUUCAAUUUGAUCUGAUAUUUUCUGAUCAAAGGGCUGUGUGGCGAUCCUGCCUUUAGCUUUUACCGUUAAUUACUAUAGCUUGUUAAUGAAAAAAUAAAAAAAACGUACUUCUUCAUGAA